GAAGACAUAGACCAUGCUCUGCCCAAACAGAAAAGCAAGGAGUCUUGCCAUAAAAUGGGGAGUUUUGACUUGCUCAAGGAUAUUGUGCAUAGUGAGGCAUCUCAGUCUGAAGGACAGGAUGGGUCUGAGACUGGGAGCCAGAAGUCCUGACUGAGUCUGGGUAGGUCAUGGCCCCUGUACACAAGCAUUCCUUAUCUGUCAAAGGCGAAAGUGGCAUCUUAGGCUUCCUGCCAAACCAGCUUGGACUCAAUGAGAAGUCUAUGAGAUGUGUCUUUGAGGAGGGUGGGAAGGAAGGAAUGGAUGAAUGAGCCAAGUCAAGCAGAGGAAGAAGAAAGAGUUGAGGUCCCAUGUUACAGAUGUCAGUUUACCUCUUCAUUUUCAGCCUCAGUGUGGGUGUCACUGUACUUUGGAUUGCUGGGGCUGCACUAUGUGAUAACUGUGGGCUGCAUUGAUUUCCUGUGCUGGAAGAAGAAACUGGAGGAGCAUGCCCAGCAGUGGGUGGAAGUACUGAGAACCACCACCUUCACUUACAGCCCACUCCUGUACUGGAGAAACAAAGGACAGCAAUGUGGCAUGAAUGCAGAUAUCAACACAGGCCCUUCCCCGGCUGGUCCCCAAACUGACAUUCAAGUGGAGAUUCCAGAUUCUCUGUGGCAGUCAGACACCUGUGAAGGCAGACACUAUGUCAUCAGAGGAAGUAGCACCAAGGCACAGGCCCCUGUUCCUCUGCAACCUGCUCUGCUGGCCACACAGCAGCUCUUAUCUAACCUGAUGCCACAGCGGCAGUCCAAAUCCCCACUCCUGAUUAUCUUUCAGGAGAUACCUUUUGCUCCACCCCUCCACAUGCUGAACCUACCUCCCAUGCUGGACCACUCUGCCUCCUACCCCUAUCUCCACUGGAAGUGGAAAGAAAUGUCCACUCUCAUUCUUUUCCCAUUCUAG